CAGCACGCGUGCUUUCAUCUCACUUCACUAAAGCGCGUCACUUGAAUAAAUAACUCCAGGUCCCCGAGAGGCUGGUCAGCCACGCAACAACACACACGCCUGGAGCCAGGUCUCACCCACCAAUAAAGCUCCCACAACACUUGCGUCAUUCCAACGCGUGGUACCCGCAACCAUGGCGCCCGUGGAAUCAGACUACUUCAGCUCGAACCAUCUCCCUCUUUUGCUCCUUUUUGGCAAAUUCGUCAUAGUCGACCUUUGUUUGGUUCAAGUCAUCACCUUCUGCAAACGCGCCUCCAAGGCGUUGCCUCCCUCACAGACCACACGCGUACGCUCUGAGACGCGCCAGAAGAAUGUCUCCACGUUUGCAUGGCUCGCCGUCGCUAGCUUACUCGUGACUGGGUACCAGGCAGUCCGUGCCCUGGUUUAUUCGUAUGAUGCUUGGGCGCAAGAGCAUGGUGAGACAACGCCUGGGGCGUUAUGGGAUGGCUGGUACGCCGGCGAUGAUGAUAUGACAUGGCAGCUCGGCAAGUGGUGGAGGGACACUGACCUGAUCAAAGAGUUUGCGCAGCCUGCAAUGGGGACUAGCAAAGGCCUUUGGUGGACGCAGCAGUUGCUGGUUGCCAGACUUGCUUUUGCUGCUUUUCUGGGUAUCGAAGGCCAUCGUCGUGAUAUCUCCAAGAAAACCAUAGUAUCACUCUUAAUGCUCGUUCAGCUGUCUGGUCUCAGCAUUGCCCAGAGCUUGUUCUUCAUCCUUCUUUUGCUCACGCCGGUGCCUGCAAGGCCAGCGCAGAGCCAAAGCCAUGCCCGGUGGAGCCCUCAUCCGGCGGUCUACAUCGUCUCUGUGUUUUGUUCGGCGGCCUGCGUUCUAGCUAUGCCAACUUUGGCAUCAAACGGCCUUGGUUUGAUUGCUCUCGCCGGAGAUUUCACAGCCCAAUUGUUCUUGGCUACGGCUGUCAGGUUCGUGCCUAAGAGCUGGGGCAAGGAACACAGUGAUGUCUCCUCAGCGCACGAGGCAAGUGCUUCAAUCUAUCGCGGCAUUGCGUUGGUGUCCUUCGGUCUCUUCCUCAGGCGCACCUUUUGGGCUGCCUUGCUCAACUCGGGUGAUACAUACCAACGCCGUUUCAAUUUUGUCUGGACGACACAUGUCAAACAACAACGACCAAUUCUGGAGAAGCUGUUCACUGCUUCCGUAAGGAUCCUAGGCGCGGUCCACGAGGACCCUGUUGUCAGCAACAUUGGAUGGGAUGUUCUGCUAUCCGGCUUUGCACUCUGUACCUGGGCAGCUGUGAGAGGUCUAGACGUGACGGAAAUGCUCAAGAGCAUCACGCCUUGGUCAACCAAAAAGCAUCGCGCGAAUCACAAACGCGUCGCAUUCUCGCCAGACGUCAAACGAGAGAAGAGCGAGACGCCUGCUUCAGAGACGCCCGCUCCUUCGGCAGGUAAACGCGGUCGUGGCAGGCCGAAAAAGAAUGCUGCUCCUGCUACAGCUUCUGCCGCCGCUCCUGCAACACCUGCACCUUCCACCGGACGAGUCUUGCGACGUCGGACUGAGCUUGAGACACCCCGAAAGGAUGAGUCGGACUUGGAAGAUGCACCGUACGUACCGCCGCCUUCAACUGCUGCAGAGGUUGCAAGCACGGAGCGCGAGGAGGAACGAAACGACGACUUGGCGGAUGACGCUGAGGCUGCGGCUCUGGCUUGGGGGUUGUCUCUUGUCGGCGGGUUGGGAUUGAUGAGCUCGGCUGUCAUGGGCGCUGAGCUUCGUAGCAGAUGAAAGGGUUGACGGAGACGGAUCUUUUCUUUCUUUUUCUUUUCUAUGGUGGGCGUUCCACGGUUGGGGAGCAGGGAGAGGAUGGGAGUCGAGUAAGGCCCAGCUCGACAAACAUUUUGCCCAUGAUGGCACUUCUGCACAAGUACGAAGUAUAUGACCUUUUUUUUGCUGUUUUACCUCAGGCUCAGGUUUCAUGUGCGUGAGCAAUCUCGAGGCGCAUGCAGCCGCAAUGCCGGAUGACGAGACGAGGUGGGAUGUG